UCCACAGCCCCGCCCCGAGCCGCUCAGUCACAACCUUUUUCGCUCUGGCUCGGAAAACUCCGCGAACGUUUCCGGGUCACUCGGCGCCGAUACCGCGAGUCAUGUGAUACCAAGAUGGCGGCGUCGCUGUAGCUGUCUUUGGGUUGUGGCGUCCAAGGAGCGGGGACCGUUUCUGCCCUCGGGUCGUGGGGGCGACAGACGCUUGACUGGUCCAUGCGGCAGCCUGUAGCCCACGUUAGGUACCAGGUCAGGCUCGGGGCUGUUGCUGUCACCAGUGGGUUCGGGGAAGUCCCGGUGACCUCGCUGCAGGUGCUCUGCGCCGGCCGCGCUUGCCAGGGGAGGAGGACGGCCGGCCUCCCUGACUUCGGGACCUGCGGAGUUCAUGAGGCCCGGAGGGCCCGGGAGGGGAUACGCCUCCUAGGGGCUGCGGGAGUUUGAGUUCUCGGGUGUGUGAGAGGCAGGCAAGUCCCCCCAAGGGCUCAGCGAAGGCAACGAAGACUUUGCUUCCUCUUGCAGAGGCCUGGCUUCCCCGCGUUGAUUACCCCAGCGUUCUUUCUCACUUCCUCUCAAUGUUCUCUCUGCAUACCUGGAAAUAUGAUCAGCGCCCCUGACGUGGUGGCCUUCACCAAAGAGGACGAGUAUGAGGAGGAGCCCUACAAUGAGCCGGCCCUGCCAGAAGAGUACUCGGUGCCGCUCUUCCCCUUCACAAGCCAGGGAGCUAACCCAUGGUCCAAACUGUCCGGAGCCAAGUUCUCUCGGGACUUCAUCCUCAUUUCCGAGUUCUCGGAGCAGGUGGGACCCCAGCCCUUGCUGACUAUCCCCAAUGAUACCAAAGUUUUCGGUACUUUUGAUCUCAAUUACUUCUCCUUACGGAUCAUGUCUGUGGAUUACCAGGCUUCCUUCGUGGGCCAUCCUCCUGGUUCUGCCUAUCCCAAGCUGAACUUCGUGGAGGACUCCAAGGUGGUGCUGGGAGACUCCAAAGAGGGAGCCUUUGCUUACGUGCACCACCUCACGCUGUAUGACCUGGAGGCCCGUGGCUUUGUGAGGCCCUUUUGCAUGGCGUAUAUCUCAGCAGACCAGCACAAAAUCAUGCAGCAGUUCCAGGAGCUGUCAGCUGAAUUUUCCAAAGCUUCAGAGUACUUGAAGUCGGGCAACAGGAAGGCCUUUGCUGUGGAACUUGAGAAAAAGCUGAAAGACUUGGAUUACACUAGGACAGUGCUGCACACUGAAACGGAGGUCCAGAAGAAAGCCAAUGACAAGGGCUUUUACUCAUCUCAGGCAAUCGAGAAAGCCAAUGAACUGGCUAGUGUAGAGAAAUCCAUCAUUGAACAUCAAGACCUCCUGAAGCAGAUCCGCUCAUACCCUCAUCGGAAGUUGAAGGGGUCUGAUUUGUGUUCCGGGGAGGUGGACCAUGCUCAGGAUCAGCCUGACCAGGCAUCCACUACUUCUAACCUUGAUGAGUAUGCUGACACAGACCUUUACACCUGCAGACCUGCCUACAUCCCAAAACUCAUCAAAGCAAAGUCCACCAAGUGUUUUGACAAGAAGUUGAAGACCUUGGAAGAGCUCUGUGACACUGAGUAUUUCACCAAGACCCUGGCUCAGCUCAGCCACAUUGAGCACAUGUUCAGAGGAGACCUGUGCUAUCUCUUGACUAGCCAGAUUGACAGAGCACUACUAAGGCAACAGCACAUAACAAACUUUCUCUUUGAAGACUUUGCAGAUGAUGAUAGGAUGGUAGAGAAACAAGAAAGCAUACCCUCUAAGCCCAGUCAAGACAGGCCACCUUCCAGAUCUCUAGAAGAAUGCCCGAUUCCUCAAGUAUUAAUUAGUGUUGGCUCUUACAAGUCCAGUGUGGAAUCUGUGGUGAUCAAGAUGGAGCAGGAGUUUGGCGGUGAGGACUGUAAGGAAGUGGAGGUGGCAGAAAUGAGCAGUUUUGAUCUCCAGGGGAACUUAGACUACUUGGAUAUGGAUAUGAAAGGGAGUGUCAGCAGUGGUGAAAGCAUUGAGGUUCUGGGCACGGAGAAGUCCACCACUGUGCUGUCGAAGUCCGACAGUCAGGCCAGCCUCAUGGUGCCACUGAGCCCCCAGGUGAUCCGGAGCAAAGCAGCCAGCCAUAGGACCAUCAGCGAGGACAGUAUUGAAGUCCUCAGCACCUGCCCCUCUGAGGCCCUCAUCCCUGAUGACUUUAAGGCCAGCUACCCAAGUGCUAUUAAUGAAGAAGAAUUGUAUGCAGAUGACAAUGAGGGAGCCAUCCACUUCCAGGCAAGCAUCAGCCUGACCAAGCUGGGGGAGCCAGAGGAGGGCAGUUUAGAAAACACUUCGUCACAAGCAGACUCCUGCUGCACUGGGAAGGAGAGCGACAGUCUGCUGGUGCCACUCACCACUCCAGUCCACGCACUCUCUGACGGGGAUGGAGUAGUGAGCGUCCCACCACAACGCUACAGGCAGAAGGACCCGGGGUUCUGUGUGGACUUUGCAGUGGAAAACGCCAGCCCUUCUUCCCGAGACAACAGUUCUGAAGGCUUCCUUGCCUAUGAGCUGGACCCAGGCCAGCUGCUGGCUAGCAGGGAUAUCAGUAAGAUCAGCCUGGACAACUACUCGGACACCACCAGCUAUGUGAGCAGUGUAGCCUCCACCAGCUUGGACAGGACUCCCUCAUCUGCUCAACUCACUGGCCCCUCUUUUGAGAGGCAUAAAAAGAGGGCCGGACAGAAUGCCUUAAAAUUCAUCCGCCAGUACCCCUUUGCCCACCCAGCCAUCUACUCCCUGCUCAGUGGGAGGACGCUUGUGGUCCUGGGGGAGGACGAGGCCAUAGUCAGGAAGCUUGUGACAGCAUUGUCCAUCUUCGUCCCCAACUACAGCUGCUAUGCCAAACCCGUGAAGCACUGGGCCUCCUCCCCCUUGCACAUUACGGAUUUUCAGAAGUGGAAGCUUAUUGGCCUGCAGAGAGUGGCAUCCCCUGCCAGUGCCAGCACCCUGCACGUUCUGAGCCGCUACAGCCGCUACGCAAGCAUCCUGGACCUGGACAGCAAAACCCUCCGCUGCCCCCUUUACAGAGGCACCCUGGUGCCCCGGCUGGCAGACCACCGUACUCAAAUCAAGCGGGGCAGCACCUACUACCUGCACGUCCAGAGCAUGCUCACCCAGCUCUGCUCCAAGGCCUUCCUCUACACCUUCUGCCACCACCUGCACCUGCCUGCCCACAGCAAAGAGGUAGAGGGGUUGGUUGCCAGCCGGCAGGCCAGCUUUCUGAAGCUGAAUCUGGGGCUAGUGAAUGAAGAUGCCAAGGUGGUCCAGUACCUGGCUGAGCUGCUGAAGCUGCACUAUAUGCAGGAGUCUCCCGGGACCAGCCAGCCCAUGCUCAGGUUUGACUAUGUCCCCAGUUUUUUGUACAAAAUCUGAGGUCAGAUCCUGCCACUGUGACUCGGGGCACAGGGAAGAGAAGGGUGGACAUGACAUUGCCAAGCAGUCCUCGGAGUGGUUUAGACUUCUGGUGUCAAGUGGGAAGGAAACCAAGGUGGCUCGGGCAACUUGCAAGUGGGACUUGGCCAGGAGGAGCCUGGCUCUCGGAAAGCACCCAGGACAGUAACAGCUCUCGUCUCCCUGGUAAGGCAGGACCUGGAGGGAACGCUGGCUUCCCAAGGACUGGUCGCCAGGGCAGAGGAAAGCCUCGGAGGGGUCGGGUGAGGGGCAGGAAGGCAAAGCCAUGAUGGGAAGAACAUGUGGCCACGCUCAUCCUCACUGAACACUUGAGUGGCAAAAUCAAGUGAAACAACUUGUUAACUGGAAUGAUUUUGUGGAAAACAAGAGGGUGGAAUAUCCAUUGUCUCAUUCAAAUCCCAACUGAGUGGCCUCCUAGGGCCUGUCAUCCUGGGGAGGCCCUGAGCGAGGGGGGGGAGAAGGCUCUGCCCCGCUGGGAGGUGGCGAGUGUCAGCCCAGCGCUGCAGGGAGAGCGAGCAGCUCCCUGUCCCACCCUCACUCUCACCCUGCACAUCGCUCCCUCAGGCCAGCAGAGGGAGUGGUGUCCCUGGUCCCCAGUUGUCAGUGGGAACUGCUCUUUGAGGUGGAGGGUCCAUGAAGGCUCGCUGGGGUCUGACCCAGCAGUAUUUUUGGCCAGAGUAAGCCAGCGCUGUUCUCUCACCCAAAGCAAGCCCUCGCAACCACUUCACUACCUCUCGCGGGGGCUCAGCACGGGGCAGCAGAGUUCUGUGCAACUGGCUGGUGUGGGCGGCAGCCCAGAUGGUUUGAUUCGGGGCCAGGACUUCCUCCAGGAAAGAGGACAGCUGUCUGUGCGGCUGUCUCCAUGGACCUGCCUGCCUUGGCACUUCUCGGCAGCUCUUCUGCCCAUGACUCUCCCACCUUCUCGGGAGAUGUGCCCAAGUCCACCCACCACAACCUCCCUGAGCUGCUUUCAGUUCCCACUUGCUUCUUCCAGUUUAUGUAGGUGGAGGGUUUCUUGCAACCUUGAGAAUUUUAUACCUUUUUUUUUUUUUUAAAGCUGUUUCCCCCCUAAAUAGGGAGAACUCUGGUAUUAGUGCUUUUUAAUUUGUUCCCACAAAGUUGUGAUAAAACCACCUUGAGCCAGUGACAAGUGGUGCUCCUGGGCACGUGUGCGAAUCUGGGGGCCGUGCCCGUGUGCCGAGACCUGGUCUGCCUGCCACCUGUGGGGCACACCAUUGGAGUCCCGGAGAGGCAGAGACUGUGACUAAGGAGGGUUUGCGUCCAUCACUCCUUCAGUCCUUCCCCGCCCAGGCCCUCUGCCCAGGAUGCGGCCCACUGGCUCCCACCAGCAGUUUCUGGUCAGAGUCCCCACUCCUGUCAGGCGGGGCUUCCUCAGAAAAGAGGAAGGCUUCUCGUGUGGCUGGCUGUGGACGUGAUUUUGCUCCUGAGGCUGUGACUGAGCACUUUGGUGGUGAGCGGUGUGCUUACACUGGUUGGUUUCCUUGUGCCUCUGGCUCUCCAGGAGCUGCGGUGGCUCUGACGGGUGAGGUGUUGGCAGCGGGAAGGCUGCACAGGAAGCCUCUUCUCUCCGGGAGCUCCCUGCCUGUUAUCUCCCUCUCCCGUGUUCCUUUGUUUUUUGCUUUGUUUUCUCACUGGGUGGAAUUGCUGUCUGCUUAGGCCUCCAGGAACACGAGCUGGUGCAUUGUGUCUCCGGGAAAGAAAGGUCUGUGGGUCCCAGUGACAAGAUGGGAAGUGAGCACUGGCACCAGCACACUGACACGGACUGUGGUUACCGCUGCUCUGCGGAAGCUGAUGCAGGCAGGUGGAACUUGGUCUUCCAGAAGCCGACAGCCACGUCUGCCACAGACGUCCGCUUUGGGGGCUGUUUGCCCAGAAGCUUGGCCUCAGGGACAGCCCUGAAGGCCCUGAGGACUCGGGCGAGGCCAGGGCUGUCAACAGGACAGGCUGCUCCACAGCGCGGGCGAGCCCAGGGCAGCGCACUGGGAUUGGUUCUGCAGGAGAAGCGCCUUGGCCUCACUGAGCAGAGGGUGAACUCCAGGAUUUAAAUUUGGGUUAAAAUUUAACUUUUCAGGGUGACGGUUUCAAAGGAUUGCCUGAAGCCCCGUGUGUUUCUUUUCAAAGGGAUGAAAGUGGCACAUGGGCUGGGCAGUUUGGGCAGAGGCAGUUGAGGCUGAACUGGGGCCUACCAGAUGCAGCGAUAAGUGGUAACGAGGGGAGCCCUAUGCGACAGACUGGUCAUUUCUCCCAAGAAUUGGGAUUGAUGCUGUCCUGUAGGAUAGGCCAGUGUCAAUGAGACAUCUACAAACACUUCCCAAUCAAGGACAUCAGUGCCCCUUAUUCAUUCUUUAGUCCCCUGAAGGCAGGCCCUGAAAUGGGGUUUUCUUCACUUCCUGUACCUGCCUCCCUCCCCUUGGUCCACGCAGUGCCGGUAACAGCUGCCUGGGCUGCAGGCACGUAGUGACCUCCAGGAGCUGUUAGAGCACAGCAGAGCCGUCAGGGCGCCAGCCUGAGCUGCUACCUCCUGCCUUCCCCAGGGACCUUGCUCCUUUAGUGGGAUCUUUGAAGUUUGGAAAUUGUGACUUUUCCAUGAUUGACUGCAAUGGCUGACGUUAUACACAUUACACCAGAUUUGGAAAUGGGCAUGGCAGCUCACCUGUCAUUUACCAUUUAGCUUUUAACUUUAUUUCAGGUUAUUAUUAUAUUCGAAGUAUAUAGACUUCAACCCCCCACAAACAACAAAUCCCAUUUCAAAAUCCAGGGAAGGCCGAGUUUCUACCCCAAAUGCCAGGCCUGUUUCGGUUCAGUAACGUGUCUGGAGGCCAAGAGUGGUCUUGAAGACCUUGCAUUGCACUGGUCACCGCAUGUCCCUCCCUGGCCCGACGCUGCAGGCCAGGUGCUGCGCCGCCAUCUCUGCACAGGUGGUGGCACUCAGAGGCACUGACUCCCCAAGCUGGCAAUCAGAUGCUUCCUCCCAUUUCAGAAGAAUGUUUUGGUUCAUGCCUUGAAUCAAGCCAGCCAGCUUUCUGAUUUUUCUCCAAUACCGUUAAAAUGAAAAAAGAAAAAAAAAAUCUGGAAUUGUUAGAAGAGAUAAGGAAAAAGCAUCAAGUUUCGGCUUCUGGCUAGGAACAAAAAUGGGCUCAGCGGAUGUGGCUGGAGCACACCAGGUCUCCUGAGCCCUCCCUGUGAGCUCUGACCUGACAUGGCCUCAUUAGUAAGGUGGUCACACACGUGGGAAGAGGACGCAGGAGAGGGGACGGGCACUUGCAGUGACUCAGCUGCUGGUGGGAAGUCCUGGCUGCGGGGCUACCGAGGGUCUUGGAGGCGUCCCUUCGUCUCCAGCUGGGAGGAGAGAGCCCUAAAGCAAGCCUCUGAGCGGCGUAAAGCUCCCGAUGGAGGCACAGACGAGGGCACUGCGUGCACUCACAGAGGCUGCGCCGCUGUCCCCACUGCACCGGAGCAACCCCAACACACCGGACACCGGCCCCGGGGCCUUCCAGCGGGGCCUCGGGCCUGGGCACCGGCGGCCCGGCGCUGCGGCAGCACACGCCGGCCCAGAGGCCGCCUGGAAGGCUGCAGUGACGAGCAUUGUCUGAGAUCUCGUUUGUUAUUUUUGAGUAUUUUAUUUCCGCAUGUUCUGUCCACGUCUGUGAAUGGUGGGAGUCUGACCAGCACGCGAGCUACAGUCGUCACAGUGGCAAGAGUAUGACCGAGACCCGGGGGACAGCCGCCCCCAGGCACGGCUGCGCCCGAGUUCCACCAGAGUAAAUGCCAAACAAACAGUACGAGAAGUGUACUGUUUAAGAAAUUAAUUUAUUUUGAGUUAUUUUUUGAAAUAUAAAAAUUGGUUGUAUUUUUUAAAGCUGUAAUUCUUGUAGACAUUCUGUGGUUAAAAAUUUGACUGUGCUUAUUAAAAAUGGUCAUUUAUGUUUUGCACUCAGCUUUGUGAAAAAUAAAGUUUCUUUGGGAAGGUGA